GAAGCAUGUCGUAAAUUGUCUUAAAGCCUUUACCUUUUUCAGUCCUAUCCUGCAUACAGAAAGGUAAACAUCCACCUUCAGCUUAGCCUCUACUGAUGUCUAGUGACUAGUAACUAGUAACUAAGGACAAGUAAAACAAUUACGAGUAGCGAAGAGCAUGUUCAGUAAUAAGAAUCAGUCGCCCGUGGUGGUUAACUUAGAAUCUCCUGGAACAAGUAUAGUCCGAGGGUGUCCUGGAGUGAUACGAAGCAUUCCCCGUAUCGAUACUAAUCUAGAAGUGAGAUCAACUAUACCGGGUAGAUCAUUCAAAUUGCGAAACAUUAGUGUUGAAUUGAGAACCACUCAGAAAGUAGGUGUUCCCUCAAAACUAGGGACCAAUGAUGCCACUAGGGACUAUAAAAUAUUUGAAAAUCCUACACUUUAUCGACCUCCAAUGGCUCAAUUAUCUCAAGAAUUGAUAGGUUUGGAUAUUCCCUUAUUAAUUCCUUUACCAAAGGAUAUUGUAUCUAGUGGAAUAUAUCCUAAUUUCAAUGCAUAUACUAUCCAUAGAUUGAUCAUUAAAGUAUCAUUGGGAGAUUCUAUUGAUAAUGAAAUGAAUUAUAUAUUUCAAUUCCCAGUCCCCAUAAUAAUCUAUGAUUCCUUACCAUUAUAUGGACAAUUUAAUACCCCUAUAAUAGAAUCUAAGACAAAUUCUGAUCAACAAGUAGUAGUAGAAGUUAAUUUACCAGUGUCAUCUCUUGGACCAAGAGAUAUGUUUAGUGUAAAUAUGAAAAUCAUGGGUAAUUAUCUUAACAAUCACUUGAAAAGAAAUCUAAAAUUAUCCAAACUUACAGUUCAAAUCCAUGAGAUCUUAGAAUGUUAUGAAGGUGGACUUCCUAGUAAAUCAACUAAGAUAUUCAGUACUAAUGAACUAUUCGAAGAUAAUAAUUUAAUAACUACUCAAGGUAUAACUUAUCAAUUCAGAUGUAGAUUUCCUUACUAUAAUGAUUACUUAAGAUUAUAUGCUAGUAAAGUUGAAACUAAUGGACGAAAAUUUCAAUAUUCUGAAGAUCUUGAACAUCUAGAUAAUGAAAAAGAUUUUGAUGAAAAUGGUGAACGUGUAAGGUUCAAUCCUAACACAGUUAUACUUAAUAAUUCUUCAUUGAAUGAUGGAAAAAUUGAGUUAGGAAUACCAUUAACUCAUACUCAGGGCUUUACUACUAGAGGUAAAUUUUUUUCUAUAAGAUACGAAAUGCAUAUCAAGGUAAAAUUGAUCAAUACCAAAGAUCUUGAGAUAACUAUUCCAUUGACAGUAUGUCCCUUUGAUCGAAUCAGUAGUGAUUAUUUGUUACAGUGGGUUUCUCAGGAAUGUGAAGAGUCUAAUGCUAAAUUCGGUCGCGACAUUCGUAAUUUAAUCUUUCAUUCAGUUAAGUAUAAUGAGAUCAUUGACAUGUUCCAGCAAUUCAUUGAUCCCGCCAAAACUUACAAAAACAAAAGAUCCGAUUGGAUUAAACUAGGGUAUAAUAUAUAGGAAUAUAGAUAAAGGUAUAUUUGCAACUUUGUAAUUGAAAAGAAAAACAAGAUGUCGCAGA